CGCGCGCGGUGACGUCAUAGGGAAGCGACUCCACCCGUGCUGUAGAAAGGCAGGAAGAACCCGUGAAGAUGCCUCCGAAAGGGAAAGGCGGCGGCAAAGCGGCAAAGGGAGGAGCAUCUUCGGGCAGUGACACAGCUGACAAGAAAGCGCAAGGGCCAAAAGGAGGUGGCAGUUCCGUGAAGGUGAGGCAUAUUCUGUGUGAGAAACACAGCCGUGCUCUGGAAGCCUUGGAGAAACUCAAAGCUGGAGUACGUUUCAGUGAGGUAGCUGCGCAGUAUAGUGAAGACAAAGCCAGACAAGGGGGAGAUCUGGGCUGGAUGAGCAGAGGCUCCAUGGUGGGGCCUUUCCAGGAUGCAGCGUUUGCCUUGUCCGUCAGCAGCAUGGACAAACCGGUGUACACUGAUCCCCCUGUUAAAACCAAAUUUGGAUAUCACAUAAUCAUGGUGGAAGGGCGAAAAUAAUAAACAUUAGACGCUA